AUGGAGGGAACUCCUAAAUAUCGAUUUGCGCUAAUGAAGAAGCAGAGCGGUCCAAAGGCUCUGGCCACCGUUUCGGAUGGCGCAUUAUCUGGCAAGAAUGAUGGCAAAUCGCAGUUGAGUGAAGUCCAUGAGCGCUGUUACACAGAUCUUCUGGAUCUUUGCCGUACCAUUGCUGCCCAACGAAACGUCACCAUGGCCAGUAUCAUGAAUAUGCAGGCUCUCAAGGCCAUGUCCGAGCAAUUGCCCCUCACCGAGCAGGACAUGUGCUCCAUUCCGCACGUGACCAAGGCGAACUUCGACAAGUAUGGCGCAAAACUAUUGGAAAUCACAUGUAAUUAUGCUUCAGGUGAUUUCAGACAAACACUUCCCGUUAUUCCACGAUCAACAUACGCUGAUGAAAUUAAUGCUUGCCUCAAAUCGUCCCGACUGUGGCGUAAUGUUGAACGAAUACAACUGACGGUGAACGUGCGCGUUCAAACGCUUCAGGAUCCAUCCGCCGAAACUUUUUCGAAACAGCUAUUAGAUAUUGGCAAUGGGAAAGUUGCCAUUGGCAUUCGCGAUGACAAUCAAUAA